AUAUAACACAUACCUCAUGAUGGGACCCACAGAACUUGCUGACGUUAGCCACCUAUUCCCUACCUUUCAUUUAACCAGCCCUAAACCGACUCUCUGUUUCUCUCUCCCUCUCAUACGCUCUCCUCUCCGUCUGUCCCUCUCCCAGUGCCAGCCCUACAGAUCUCUCCCACCUCUCUCUCUUCCUGUCGAUCUCUCCACAAACAUUGAGGUACUCAAGCAGCUCCAAGGAAGAGCACUGCUGCUGCUUCACUUUAAUGAAAACUUUGUGGUUUUGUCUUUGAUAUUUGAAGUGAGAAUGGGCUGUUGGUCACAUAGUGAACCCAAUAUUGCAAAUGCUUUUUGGCGACGCAGCCAAAUUAUUAGAAUCCUGAAGGCCAAAUGAGACUCCAGGUUACAACUAUUACAAGGACAUGGGCAGAUAGUUCUGCCAACUCAAGAGGUCAGAUGCAGGUUUCAGUGUUUGUUUUUUGCUAGUGGAUUGUUUGAAAACUGUUCUGCCCAAAUAUUGAAAGAAUAUUUCCUAGGGCUGUCAAUUAAAAAGGAUGCUACUUAGAGUUAACACACACGAUGGUUAGGCCCAUAUUGGGAUGCCAGUUUUUUGGCAGUGGGGAUGAGAUGCUUAUCCUUUAGGCUUUAUUUUUCUGUUAAUCUUUGCCAAAGUAAUGUUCUUCAUUAUGGCCGCCAUAUCUGUUUCUACAAGAUAUAUGCAGUUGGAUAACUUUGUGUCCAUCUUGUCAGUUAGACAAUCUCUUUUUAUACAUCUGUUAUGCAGUUGGUUAUUGUAUAUCAAUUCAUAUGUAAGAACAUUUAGUGAUGAUAUGCAUAGGUUGAGCAUGAUAUGAUAAUUCAUAUAAGGGUGUGCUUGGUUGCACUAAAUAUCAUGAAACUUGGUGAUAUUUUGCAGUAAAUAAGACUGAUUAAUCAUUAAAUUUCAUGAAUGACAUUUGGUUCUACCAACUGCACCUAAGCUAACAUGUGCUUCAAGCUAAUUAAACUAUCUUUAUUAUAAACUAAGGCAAAUGUAUAUACAGUUUUCUGUUCCAUGAUAGUCAUCUUUGAUAUCCUGUUUAUAGUUGGCCCCAUGGCCAAACAUCCAAGUCACUACAACAAAAUGGAACAUUGCUGCCGCAUUUUUUGCAGCAGCCAACAU